GUCACUGCUAACGACGAAGCUGCUGGGACUGAAGUGGUUUUGAGUGUUUCCUGUGUGUUGUCACAGUCAGUGUGGAUAUCAGAAGCAAAAGCCCAGUUUUUUUUCAGGUUUCCAGGAGCUGUGUUGUUUUUCUUGUGCAAAGAAAUGUUGAAUCACUGUGAUUUUUGAUGUUCUGCACACUGCAGCCCAUGCAGAUCCUGUUUAGCUCUAACUUUUCAGAAGUAUUUUUUUAUUGGUGUACUGUAGGUGCUUAACCACAGGGUUCAAUUCUGAUUGUGUCUGGAGCACUGUGUCUAUUGUGAUGCAUUGCAAUUGUUCCAAAAUCCAGCAAUCAGUUGUGUGCAUGUCUGGGUUUGGAGCCUACUCAAUUAAUAUCCAUAAUGUCUUAGCUGUGUGAUAACAGAGUUUAUUGUGCAUAGCACAAAGGUUUUGCAUGUAUUGUGUUUCUUCCCGUCAGAAAAUGCCUGCAUAUUUGCAAGAUUGCCGAUCUGCGUGGGUUGAAUAUUGGACUUGCUAAAUUGAUUGGUUUAUGGUCCUAUUGUAUUGACUCUCAAACACAUUCUGCAGUGUCUGCAUGUAUAGUAGUGAGAGCUGGAAAGGAAACCAUGUUGGUUUGCGUGCAUGGUUUGUGACCACAUCGGUUUGAAAGAGGGUUUCACAGUGCUCACACUGAUAUACCAUGUUCCCCCAGUCAGGAGGACCUGAGAAAAACACUGAGGCGUAGCUGGGGGCGGGACGAGAUUCCCCAAGCUCGCUGUGAUUGGAUACCAGCCGGCUAAGAUGCCUCAGGGUUGUUGUGAUUGGCUGAAGAAGAACAGAGCAGCUGAUCAGGGCGUUAGCAGGGCUGUCCCUGCUGUAGGGUCUCUGCAGGGCUGUCCAGUCCUGGUCCUGGAGGUACCGGUCAGUGUGUCUGCAGGGCUGUCCAGUCCUGGCCCUAGAGGUACUGGCCAGUAUCUCUGCAGGCUAUCUAGUCCAGGUCAUGGAGGGACUGGUCAGUAGUAUCUAAAGGGCUGUCCAGUCCUGGUUCUAAAGAGCCAGUCAUUGUCUGUACAGGGCUGUCCAGUCCUGGUCCUGGAGCGUCGGUCAGUGUCUGUGGACUUUCUAAGUCUCUUUAAAGUAGCAUCACCUUGAAGAUUUGAGAGAAGCUGCUGAACUGAUACAGUUAAAGCAAUAAUGAGUUGCAUUUAUAAUUCUGAAUAUUUUCCAGGCUGACUCAGGACUGGUGGUCAGGCUGGUAGAUGAAGUGUGCUGGUUACAGCAGUAGCGGGGGAGUGUCUGUUGUCAGCAUGUGCCUCUCUUUCAGUAGGAGCUCCUCUUUGUCCAAAUCCGAUUGCGUUUGUGGUUUGAAGAGGAACCUGUUCUUCCCUUGUCAAAGCAAAAAAACUUUCAAACUGACAACUUUCUAACAAAAUGCAACUUGCAGAGGGAUGUGAAACUCUGGCGUUUUCACAGAUAAAGAUGCUAUGGUUUAUCAGACAGCUUCUGCAAUAUGCCAGGGUGAACGUGAUGAUGAAAUCAUGCAUUUGUGUUUAUCUGUUGCAUACAAAAUGGGAGCUCCAUGCACAGAAUUGAAGAAGAGAAUGAAGUUUAAGGUUUUGGAAGGCGGUCUGGAAUGGACUGGCAAGUCUUGAGACACUCUUCCUGUGUCGGGUAAGAAUUAUGACUAUUGCCCUCCAGUUAGAGACUAAAAUCAGUGCAAUAGAUACAGUAUACAGUAUACAGUAUAAUAGUAUUGUAAUGAACAACAGGUGGGGAUCUGGCAGACGGGGAGUUUUGUGGGUCUGUGAUACAAUGUUUUGGAAUGAUCUGGAUCUGUUGGCUGAAGAUGAAGGCUUGCUGCUACGUGCUGGGUAAAUACAUAACUGGUUUCUCUGCCAUCAUGUAAGAGCUUGUUGAAACUCUCUCUGUCCCUUGAAAACUGCUCUGAGUGUCUUCCCAGUAACCGAAACAACCCCCUUGAACAGGGCUAAUGAGGAACAAAGGAUAGUGUCCUUUUUAUUGGCUGCCUGAUGGUGUUACUGUAUAAUCUACCCUCUGGAGAGAGGGAGAUUCUCAGUAUCACAGACUCAGAUCUGCUGUUUUCUGAAUACCUUCAGGUGUCUUGCACAAAAAGGAAGAGGUCUGGUCUUGUAGAGGGUUAACAACUUUCUGAGCUCAUGCACAGGUGGGGGAGCUCUCUGGGUGGAGCUGUCAUGCAUGUGGGUGAGGCUCACUCACAUGGUGCAGAGUUCUCUCACAAGAGGGUUGGGUUAGGGUUAGGGUUGGGUUUGUUCACAAAUGGGUGGAGCUCUCACAAAAGGGUGGGACAGACACAAAGGGGUGGGGCUAGUUCAGUAAUUCGUGGGGCUUUCACACAGGGGUGGGACAGUCACACAAAGGGGUGGGGCAACAUCAGCAAUGGGUGUGGCAGUCACACAAAGGGGUGGGGCUAGAUCAGCAAUGGGUGGGGCAGUCACAUGAAGAGGUGGGGCUAGUUUAGCAAUGGGUGUGGGCUUUCACACAGGGGUGGGGCUGUCUUACAGACAGCAGUGGUGCUCUGGACAUGUAUAGAGGAACAGGACUUUGUUCUGGCAGCUGUUGCUUCACACUGCUUCCCUGGUUCCUGGAAAAAAAAAAACAGAAGUUAAAACCAGACUGUUGAUGAAGUGAAGUGUUUUCAUAUUGCAUCUCCAAAGCUGUUAGUAGGUCAGCAGAACAGUGUGAACAGAGCUGUGUCUCUUCACUGACCUGAGUGAGCAACUGGACAGGACUGAGAGACUCUUCUCCCGGGUCUCUGCCUGAUCCCCUGUGUGACUGAGCUCGGACUCCCAGCAGCAGGAGAGAAGAGAAGCUGCAGCCAUGGGUGUUGAAGACUCCCUCCGCUCAUGGGGGGCGACUCUGCUAAUCCUGCCUGCAACCAUACGUGUAUCAACUGUGGAAGAUCUGUCCAUCCUGCGUAAGCAGCAGGAGGGAAGAGAAGCUGCAGCCAUGGGUGUUGAAGACUCCCUCUGCUCAUGGGGGGCGACUCUGCUAAUCCUGCCUGGUGUCCUCUGUGGCCCGUGGGCUGUGUGGUAUCCAGAGAGACCUGUCUGUGCUGUGAGAGGCUCCUCUGUGGUCUUUAACUGUUCCUAUGACUAUCCCAACACCUUUACACAGUAUUCUACACAGUAUAGAGAGUAUAAACUCCAAGUGACAACAGUGAUGUGGUGUUAUAAUGAUAAAGACUGUAUUCCAGAGCCUAAUACAGUCACAUACAUUUACCACAGUGGACACGGUUUUAACUACAGGGGCAGAGUAGAGUAUCUGGGGGACAAACAGAAGACCUGCACUGUGAAGAUAAAGGAUAUAAGAACAUCUGACCAGGGGACAUAUAGAUUCAGAUUUGAAACCAAUGAUCCUGAAGGUAAAUGGGCUGGUGAUCCUGGAGUGAGUCUCUCAGUAACGGAAUUCAAGGUGUGGAGGAGCCCAUCAGGGGAGACUGCAGCAGUGAGAGAAGGAGACAGUGUGACCCUGACCUGUGACACAGUGAGCUGCUCUCCAGCACAGACACAGCUCACCUGGUUUAAGAAUGACCAGCCCCUCCCACACACACAGACAGCAGCAAACACACUUCACUUCAAUCCUGUUUCCUCUGGACACUCUGGACUUUACUCCUGUGCUCCUAGAGACACUACAGGCAGCAGAUCUCCACCGUUCCCUCUGGAUGUUCAGUAUGCCCCCAAGAGCACAUCAGUGUCCAUCAGCCCCUCUGGUGAAAUAGCAGAAGGCAGUUCUGUCACCCUGACCUGCAGCAGCUCUGCAAACCCUCCAGUGAAGAACUACAGCUGGUUUAAAGGAAACAGGAACUUUGUUUUGCAGGAAAAAACAAAACUGCACUCUUUUCUAAAAAUAUCCCCAAAUGACAGCGGACAGUAUUUCUGUGUAACAAACAACAGCCUUGGAGAAAAGCAAAGUGCACCAAUACAGCUUGAUGUCAAAUAUGCCCCCAGGAGCACCUCAGUGUCCAUCAGCCCCUCUGGUGAAAUAGCAGAAGGCAGUUCUGUCACCCUGACCUGCAGCAGCUCUGCAAAC